GUGCAACACAAAUACCUGCGUUCACCGCCUGUGAAGUACACAUUUCCCCGCAUCUUCAGAUGAGCAAGAGUCCUUCCUUUUCAUCCAACUACUUAUUUACCACACAUAUACCCAGUAAACACCGAACUUACAGAGAAACGAGGGCUUUAAACAGCUCGCUUAGAGACUAUGGAGAUUUCAUUCAUGCUUUUAUUGGCGGUUACGUUAUUCUGUCCCGUUCAGUCAGGUGCCUUGACUUGUGAUUCACGGCAGUAUCAGUGUGGCAACGGAAAGUGCAUCACGUCGAGAUGGGUGUGUGAUGAAACUGAUGACUGUGGUGACGGCACUGAUGAACUUCCUGCUGCUUGCUUGGCCAGGACCUGCAGACCCAGUCAGUUCAGUUGUGGUGGUCGACUAAACCAGUGUAUUCCUAAGAGCUGGAAAUGUGACGGAAAAGCAGAUUGUGAGAAUAAUGCAGAUGAGGAAGGCUGCGGUCCUCGGCAGUGUCACGAUGGAGAAUUCCGUUGCACCAGUGGCCAGUGCGUUACGGCUGCAUUCGUCUGCGAUGAUGAGAUAGACUGUGAAGAUGGCAGUGAUGAAGUCUCCUGUCCUCCAACCACGUGUGGCUCCGGCUCCUUCAGGUGCAACAACGCCCAGUGUGUCCCUCGACUUUGGGUGUGCGAUGGAGAUGCCGACUGUGCCGACAACUCAGAUGAAUUGCCUGAGAAAUGCGGCCCUGGGACAUCCAAACCCACUAAAAAUCCCUGCACAUCCAUGGAGUUCCAUUGCGGAAGUGGGGAAUGCAUACACGGUAGCUGGAAAUGCGAUGGGGGAGCGGAUUGUUUGGAUCACUCGGAUGAGCAAAACUGCUCCUUGCCUACAUGCCGCCCAGAUGAGUUCCAGUGUGGUGAUGGGUCUUGCAUCCAUGGCAGCCGGCAGUGCAACCACGUAUAUGACUGCAAAGACAUGAGCGAUGAGCUGGGCUGCAUCAAUGCAACCCACUGUGAACCACCAUACAGGUUUAAGUGCCGCAGCGGUGAAUGCAUAGGCAUGGAAAAGGUUUGCAACAAACAACGGGACUGUAGGGAUUGGUCUGAUGAGCCUCUACGAGAAUGUGACUCUAAUGAGUGUCUUUACAACAACGGUGGCUGCUCUCAUAUCUGUAAUGACCUGAAGAUUGGUUACGAGUGCCUGUGUCCCACUGGCUUCUGGUUGGUGGACAAGAGACGCUGUGAAGACAUCGAUGAGUGCGCCAACCCAGACACCUGCAGCCAAAUCUGUGUCAACCAGAUGGGUAGUUAUAAGUGUGAGUGCGAGGAUGGCUACCAGAUGGACCCAGCCAGCAAGGCCUGCAAAGCUAUUGGAACCAUUGCCUACCUAUUUUUUACUAAUCGCCAUGAGGUAAGGAAGAUGACUCUGGAUCGCAGUGAAUACAUACGCGUGAUCCCCCGCCUGAAGAACGUUGUUGCACUGGAUAUGAAUAUUGCUUCCAGAGAUAUCUACUGGUCAGAUUUAUCCCUGAAAAAAAUAUACAGAGCCCCAAUGGAUACAGCAGACAAUUCCUCCCUACACAGCAUUGUGAUUGGCAGUGACUUAGAUGCACCAGAAGGUAUCGCAGUGGACUGGAUCCAUGGAAACAUCUACUGGACAGACAGUAUUAGGGGCGCCAUCUCUGUGGCAACAGCAGACGGAAGCAGACGCAAGACGCUCUUCAAAGAGAACCUGGCCAAGCCACGCGCCAUAGUGGUUGACCCUAUUAACAACUUCAUGUUCUGGACCGAUUGGGGCACACCAGCCAAGAUCGAAAAAAGUGGUCUUAAUGGAGUGGACAGGAGCACUCUAGUUGCUGAUGACAUUGUAUGGCCAAACGGAAUAACCAUAGACCUUUUGACCGAGCGUCUGUACUGGGUUGACUCCAAACUCCAUACUCUCUCCAGCAUCAGUGUACAGGGAGAUGGUCGGCAUACUCUAAUCAUUGACCAAGGCAAACUUGCGCACCCUCUAAGUCUUACUGUUUUUGAGGAGAAAGUGUUUUGGACAGAUGUAAGCAAUAACGCCAUUUUAAGUGCGAACCGUGUCACUGGAGGAGACAUCACAAAAGUGGCCGAACACCUCUCGUCUCCAGAGGACAUUGUUCUUUUCCACAACCUCAAACAACCUACUGGAAUCAACUGGUGCAGGAUCAACAACGGCGGCUGUGAGUUCUUGUGCCUCGCUGCCCCUCAGAUUAACAGAUUCUCACCCAAAUACACAUGUGCCUGUCCAGAUAAUAUGAUGUUGGCCAGAGAUAUGCGGAAAUGUAUACCAGCUGUAGUGACACCAGCAACUUCAGUCCGGCCUGAAAGAGUCACAACCAUUCGUCCGCAAGUUCCUUCAGAAACGACACCAAAACCUGCAAGCCCUUCCACCACCAAUUCACGACCUUUACCUACUCCUGCUCCCAAGAUCCCCAACAGACCCACUCAAGCUGCUCCUUUGGUGCCUUCACAAACCACAACUAAACUUCCCUUUCCCACCCAGACAGAUGUCCAUAUUGGUGAUGUUAAGGCUGUCUCUGAUACAUCAUCUUCCACACCGUGGGCCUUGUAUAUUGUGGUUCCUCUUGCACUCCUCUGUUUGAUCGUGGGUGGCGCUGUGCUGGUUUGGAGAAAAUGGCGUCAGAAAAAUACCAACAGCAUCCACUUUGACAACCCGGUUUAUCAAAAGACCACAGAGGACCAGGUGCAUUUAUGCAGAAACAGUAGUUCUGAUGGCUAUUUUUACCCACAGAGACAGACUGUGAGUCUUGAUGAUGAAAUCUGAUGAUGAACUUGUUGAAACGAUCCAUGCUGGAACUGACAAUGUUUCAAGACUGGAGCCAGUUUAUACAGUUUUUACCUACACGGAGGUCAGUUCUUCAGCAUAAUAGCAUUUGAGGAACAAUAGAGAACCAAACCGCCUUUCCACACAAGACAUUCAAUGCAAAAAAACAACAAUCCAGUGCUGACAAUUCAGGGAAAACCAAACUGAAAACAAAGAAACCUCAGACAACAACAAGAACCUCGGCUUAUCAAGGCAACUUAGCACUUAACUAUAUAGAAAUUAUAUAGAAAUCCACUUAACAGCACUUAAAAAUGGAGGGCUUAUCCCUAUGAGAUGUCCAUAGGUUAUUGUAGAUAGUGUAUGUAUUAGUACAUUUUAAAGAGUUGCUUUUGUUUGUAUUUUUAAGUUUUCAAAGGCAUCAAAAACCUUUUUCCCAAAACAUUUGUAUUGUUUGGUUCAUGCAGUAUGUUAAUUAAAGAUGCAGUACGCGUUAAUAUAUUUAGGAUAGUACAUUUACUGACAUAGGAUGUGCAAAGUUUAUUUUCCUAACCAUGUCUUCUUCUUUUUUUUAUUUUUUGGUCAGCAUUCCAUUUGAAACUGCUGUGAAAAACACACCUCAGUAAAUGAAAGCUGUCUUAUAUGCAGUAUUGAUAUUGAGGUUACUUAAUCACUAUCAUAAAGUUCUUUGUUUUUGCAGUCACUGAUUAUUUACGACUUUAAUUCUACUGUGGUGAAAAUAAGGAAGCUUAACACUCUUCAGAGAGUCAGGGAAUGUCCUUUAUUUUUUAUUAAAAGCUUUUUAAUCAUGCAGAUGCAGCACAAUCGCCUUACGUCCUCAAUGUGAACGUGUACAUAUUGUAAAUAUCUGUAUUAUUGCGUUUGUAUUUGUAAGAAUUACAGUACUGUAUAUAGAGAAAUGUUUAUUUAUUGUUUUGUUUUUUUAUCUAAAUCUUCAUUUGAUAAUCGGCUGUGUGCCACGUCCGUUGUUUAAUUGUUGAAUGUAAAAUAAUCAUGUUUCUGUACAUUCUGAUGAGCUAAUUUAGUUAUGCGUCUUCUGAAAAGCCAAAUGCAGUUCUCUAAACUUGUGUAAUUACAUCUUGAAAUAAAAAAUAUUCAUAUA